GUCUAUUCGUUGCCCACGAGAACGAAACAUGGUGCCAGAAGUGGGAUGCAAGGCUACCAGCUCAAGCGAAUGGUACCUGGGAUAGGCGAACGUGAGAAGCAACGACAUGGAGCACCUGAGGCAACCUGAAUCGCUACGCCUGACAGCGGAUGUCGGAAGGAACUGGAAGCGGUUUCGUCAGCAGUUCGAGUUUUUUCUGCAAGCGACUGUAUGCAAAGCCAAUCCAAGGUCGGAAGCGGCGAAGACGGCCCUGUUCCUCGGCGUGGCGGGGGAGGAAGCCUUGGACGUUUUCAACAAUUUUGUGUUCAGCGGAGAAGAGAACAAGGAAGACUACAAUACCGUGAUUGCCAAGUUCGAAGAAUACUGCAUGGAGCAACAGAAUGAAAUGCACCAGCGAUACGUUUCCCGCUCUCGUAGUCAAGGGCGCGCUCCACGUGAAUGCAAGAUUGCGCUGCACAAGGAUGCCGUGCCAGUCAUCCAGCCAGCUAGAAGCGUGCCCCUGUUCCUGUGAGAGCCUCUCCGUACUGAACUGGGCAGAAUGGAAAAGGAUGGCAUCAUCCAGAAGGUCAGCAGCCCCACACAUUGGGACUCAAGGCAGCUACAGACACGAGUGACAUCGAGAUCCAUGCCAUCACGGUCGUAGCAGCACUCGUGGCCGGUCUCCUGGGGAACUGCUGCAAGGAAGGCGGCUGCGGACACCAGUGCCGGACUUCAAUCCAAUGUUGGCGACUGUCGUCAAGAAACACCGGCAGAGAAGUCGUCAUAGGCACACCUUACCAGGCCUCAGCAACAAUGACGCGGUACGCUUGAAUGGAACAUCAUGGGCCAGGAAAGCAAAGGUGGUCGGAUCGGCCAGCCCACAAUCCUUCUAUGUGCGCACAGAGAACAAUACUGUGCUGAGACGCAACCGUCGGCAUCUUCUGGCGACGAAGGAAUCGUAUGAGGUUGGCUCAUCAGACGACUAAGAUAUCACCGACAACCAGACCUCAUUUCAAGGUGUGGCUUCAACUACUACUGCAGCCUCGCCCUUAAUAGCUCCACAGCCGUCGCCUCAGCGAUUGCGACGCAGCCAACGACAGAUACGGCAGCCAGAGCGUCUGGGUUAUGACCAGCAGUUCCAGCAGAUGAGCCAGCGGUAUUAAUUUCGUCAUGUAAUUACUGUUUGGAAAGAGGAUGUAUCAUAUCUGAUGAAGGCGCAUGUGAUAUCUACAUGCACGAUUGUCACGUGCAUAUAUCCGCCCCUCAUUGUUACUAACCCUUUCCAUCUUCGACUAUAAAUAACGAUGCAGAAUAAAGGCGUGGGUGAUUUUGCUUCUUGACAACCCAGCUGUCCAGUCUGUUCGUUGCCAACGAGAACAAAACAACUUACACUCAGUCAUCUUAAAAUAAUGCUAGGAGUGUUAUUGCUCUCCCACUUACGAAUCCUCAUUAGUUAAUAUAUUGCACAUCACCGUUAUUCACAAUCGCAUGCGUUUCCCAUCAUCACCUGUUUUUUGACGGGAUACUUUCAUUUUACGAAUAUUAAAAGGCGCUUUCUACCAC